UACUUAUUGCUAUAAUUAUUUUUUUAAAUAUGUAUUAAAUUUUUUGUUUAAGUUGUUUAAAAAUAAAUUUGAUAUUAUAGGUACAUUUAAACUAGCAUUAUAUUUUAGAUUCAUGCCGCCCUGAGUGCGUUUUUAUAUUCUUGAUAAUUUUUGUUUGUAAAACAAAUUAGGUCAAAAUGUACGUAAGAUGAAAAUGCGUAGUCGACUAGCAGUAUUAAUACUAUUUUUCGGGGAAUUUAUUUUUGCAAAUAAUGAAUUAAGAAACAGUGAAAUUUUUUAUUCUAAAGAAGGAUUGAAAAACACAACAAAUGCCUUAACUGCAGAUAGAAGUGGAAAAUUUCUUUUCGAUGCAAUAUUUCGAAUCAGCUCAAGCAUUACCAAUGCUUUCGGAUAUGAAGGAGAAGAAUACUCUGAUUACAAUGAAGAUAUCAAUAUAAAGACUUGCGAAUGUGAUUGUGGAUAUUCCAAUGAAGAAAUAAGAAUAGUUGGUGGUAGACCAACAGGCAUUAAUCAGUACCCUUGGAUGGCUCGUAUAGUAUAUGAUGGCAAAUUUCAUUGCGGAGGUUCUCUGCUUACAAAAGAGUAUGUGUUAACAGCAGCCCAUUGUGUUAAAAAACUAAGGAAAUCAAAAAUACGAAUAAUUUUUGGAGACCACGAUCAGCAUAUUACAUCUGAAUCUAAAGCCAUUCAGAGGGCCGUAAGUGCUAUAAUUAAACAUAGAAAUUUCAACCCCGACAGUUAUAACAACGAUAUAGCGUUAAUAAAAUUAAGGAAACCAAUGGCGUUUUCGAAAAUUAUAAAACCAGUAUGCUUACCGCGUUUUAACUAUGAUCCCGCAGGACGAAUAGGCACUGUGGUUGGAUGGGGGCGUACUAAUGAAGGUGGUGAAUUGCCAGCAAUCGUUAACCAGGUGAAAGUACCCAUAAUGUCUAUUACAGAAUGUCGAAACCAAAAGUAUAAAAGUACUAGAAUAACAUCCAGUAUGAUUUGUGCUGGAAGGCCUAAUAUGGAUUCAUGUCAGGGAGACAGCGGUGGCCCCCUUCUACUUUCAAAUGGGAUAAAGUAUUUUAUUGUUGGUGUAGUUUCUUGGGGCGUUGGCUGCGGUAGAGACGGAUAUCCAGGUGUUUACACCAGAGUUAGUAAAUUUAUACCGUGGAUAAAAUCGAAUUUACAUGACAGCUGCUUGUGCUCUUGAUAAAAAAUUGCAUAUAUGUAUAUAAAAAUGUAUUACAUUUUCAAAUAUUUACCAAAUGUGUACUGAUAUAUAUACUAUUUAAUAAAGGUCAUCCAAUUAAUUUAAGUAA